AUGGAGUUUUACUUGGAGAUGGACCCUGUCACCUUGAACCUGAUCAUCCUCAUUGCGAGCUACGUCAUCUUGCUCCUGGUUUUCCUCAUCUCCUGCGUGCUGUAUGACUGCCGAGGCAAGGACCCCAGUAAGGAGUACGCCCCCGAGAGCACCCUGGAUGCCCAGCCCUCCGUCCACUUGGUGGUGAUGCAGCAAAGCGCUCCCGGGCCCCUCUGGGCAAGGGGCCUUCAUUUUGGGAACCCUGCUCCACUGGGGAAGAAAAGCACAAUGGUUUGA